AACUCACUAAUGUCUUGAUUCCUUCCCCUCUAUUAAAGGAGUGGACGGCCUCGGCCAAUUUAGCAUCCGCCUUUCCCUUUGCUAUUAUCAACAGAAAUUUGAGUUAUUUUGUAUAUUUCACGAAUUGUCAGCUCCGCGAGAUUUCUGUUUACCAUAACGGUUUAAACAGAAGAACAGGGCUUCAAUAAAUAGGCAAUUUCUCUUUUUUCCCUCUGUAUUCUUGAGUGAAAAGUAUUUUCUUUACCAUGCAAAUCAAGAAAUUGGUGUCUCUGCCUUCUCGUACAGGAAGACAUUUGCAGCGUUAUAAUCAGGGCUGUCGCCUUGUUGUUGGAUGUAUUCCGUACAGAAUCAGGAAAACUAAUAAAUCAUCCCCAAAUGAAGAAUUGGAAGUUCUUUUGAUCAGUUCUCAAAAGAAUUCAAGCAUGAUGUUCCCUAAGGGUGGUUGGGAAAUCGACGAGGAUAUAGAAUUGGCAGCUUCACGAGAAACCCUGGAAGAAGCUGGUGUAAUCGGCUCGCUCGGGGGUAAAUUAGGUGAAUGGAUAUUUAAAAGCAAAAGGCAAGAAAAGUUUCAUGAGGGAUCCAUGUUUUCUCUGUUGGUCACCGAGGAAUUAGAUGUUUGGCCCGAGAAAAAUGUCCGUCAACGGAAAUGGAUGACGGUUAACGAAGCUAGAGAAGUGUGUGCACAUUCUUGGAUGAAGGAAGCUUUGGAUGUAUUCGAUCGUCGAUUCUCGCUUCCACAGAGGAACGAGGCCGAACAUGUGGCAUCCUGCAGAACUGAAGAACUAGAGCAAUCAUCGGAGGUCAAGGUGUGGAAGAGGAAGUUGAUCUUUACUUAAUUAACUGAUGGCAGGGCUAGCCUUCUAGGCUUGUUUCCACAUUUGAG